AUGUGCCGCCAGUUCAACGAGUACACCAAGCUGAUCCCGCUCACCUUUUUGCUCGGCUUCUACGUGUCGAAUGUCGUGGGAAGGUGGUGGCGCCAGUUCGAAUGCUUAGCGUGGCCAGAGGAUCUGCUCUCGCUGCUCGUGUUGGUGAUCCCCGGGGAGGACGAGAGGAGUCAGAGGAGACGGCACGUCAUCGCCAGAUACCUCAACCUCACGGCAGCGCUGGCCUGGCGUGACGUCUCGUCAAAGCUGCGACUCCGCUUCCCGAAAGUCCGUGACCUCAUCGACGCCGGGCUGAUGACGGAGCAGGAGUAUGUACUGCUCGAAGACGUCCAUGCCUCGUGCGCGUCGGUGCGCUGGAUGGCACCGCUGCAAUGGGUGCAGCAGAUCAUGAUGGACGAGGUCAAGGACAACAACCCGACCGCCUCGAUCGUCAACAACUUUAUCACCGAGCUGAAGCUGUACCGGCAGUCGUUCCGCAAGAUUUUCUGCCACGACUGGGUGUGCGUGCCGCUCGUUUAUACGCAGGUGGCCGCCCUGGCGACGUACGCCUUCUUCUUCUUCUGCCUGUUCGGACGCCAGUAUUUCCACCAGGACGAUACGGUCGACCUCAAGGUGCCCAUCUUCCUGAUCGUACAAUUCCUGUUCUUCGUCGGCUGGUUCAAGGUGGGCCAAGAUCUGAUGCGGCCGUUCGGGAUGGACGACGACGACAUCGAGCUGAACUGGAUCCUCGACCGGAACAUUGCCUGCUCGUUCGCCAUCGUCCACAAGUUGAUCAACACCCGGCAUCCCGAGCUCGGCGAGGGCAACGAGGACAUCUUCUGGAAGAACCGCGGGGAGCACCUCGAGAUCCCGAAAACUGGCCGACAAGACAAGCUCGAGACCCAUCGGCCCAAGCUGCACGCCUACGUUCGAAUGCCCAACUCGGACGUGCCGGACGAUGAGAAGGGGAUCACGUGCUCGAAGCUGCGCGGCGAUCACCCGCAUCUCUCCUGG